AAAAGAAGGGAGAGAGAGAGAGAGGAGGGAAAAAAACAGGAGGGGAAAAGAAAGAAACCAAAGGAAAGAAAGGAAAAGGAAAACACUAUCAAUCUCUCUCACUCCCAAUGCCUAGCUAGGGGUUUCUGAUGCUCCUUCACCAAACCCUCCAUAUCACAUUCUCCAAAUUUCUUUGUUACAAUUCUACCAAGAAAUCAUGGACAAGCACAAGAAACGGCCUCGCGGUGAAGAUUCUUCAUCGUCUUCGUCGAACGUUGACCACAACAAGAAGCCCCACUCUUCAUCAACUUCAAAACCUCCAACAAGCUCAGCUCAAAUUCAACAACAACAAAUGGGUAAGCGUCCAAAUUUCUCUUCAUACCUUGAAACCCCCAAUUUGCCCCCCAAAAUUAAGUUACUCUGUGAAAUCAUUGCCAAUACUCGCUCUUUACAUGUCGAGAAAGUUCUCGACGAUAUGGGUGUUCGACUUUCUCAACCAGAAGUUGAAGAAGUCCUAAAAUUGUCUUAUGGGUUUCCCGGUCCCGCCGGGAAGUUCUUCCGGUGGUCCGGGCGUCAACUCAAUGACAACCAUAGUCCCUAUGCUUGGAACUUGGUUGUUGAUUUGUUGGGUAAGAAUGGUUUGUUUGAAGCAAUGUGGGAUGCUAUUAAGUCAAUGAAGAAAGAAGGGUUGCUUUCUUUGGCUACAUUUGCUUCUGUUUUUAGUAGUUAUGUGAUUGCUGAUCGCGUUAAAGAAGCAAUUAUGACCUUUGAUGUUAUGGAUCAAUAUGGUUGUCCGCGGGACAUUGUGGCUUUGAAUUCACUUUUUAGUGCAAUUUGUAGGGAGGGGAGGACAGAAAAGGCAAAUGAGUUUUUGGGUGUUGUGAAGAACAUGAUUAGGCCGGAUGCAGACACGUAUGCAAUUUUGUUGGAGGGAUGGGAGAAUGAAGGUGAUGUUGUUAGUGCCAGGAGAACUUUCGCAGAGAUGGUGAGUGAGAUCGGGUGGGACCCGAGGAAUGUGGCUGCAUAUGAUUCAUUUUUGACUACUUUGCUCAAGGGGCCGGAUGGGAUGCUAGAGGUGAUAAGGUCCUUUGAGACAAUGCAGGAGAGGAGGUGUUUUCCGGGGAUGAAAUUCUUCAAGAUUGCACUUGAUGAUUGUGUGAAGAAAGGUGACGUAAAGGGUGCUCGGUUGCUUUGGGAUGGAAUGGCUGUAAGGAACGGUUUCAGACCUGAUACAGGGAUGUAUACUUCCAUGAUUGCUUUGCAUUGUUAUCUUAAUGAUAUUGAUGCAGCUAAGGAGUUGCUGGAUGAGAUGAUUUGUCAUGGUGUUUUCCCGGAUUCACAGACUUACAAUGUACUUCUUCAGUUCUUGAUUAAGAGCAAGCGGUUUCGGGAUGCUUCACCAAUAUUUACUGAGAUGAUUAAAAAUGAGUGUGUUCCAAACCACACAAAUUGCAAGGCAGCAGUUAGGGGAUAUAUGGAUAGUGGGGAACCUUACAUGGCCAUAAAGGUUUGGAAAUGGAUGAUUGAGAAUUACGAUUCCGACUUGGAGGAAACGGGAAAUUUGUUGGUUUUGGGACUUCGUGUGUUUAAUAGGGUUCCAGAAGCUGUUAAGUAUGCUGAGGAUAUGAUUGAUAGAGGUAUCAAGUUGAAUUCUUCCACACUGUCAAAAUUGAGACAGAGCCUCUCAAAAGCUGGGAAGGCUUUCGCUUAUGAUGAGCUAUUGAGAAAGUGGAAAACUCAUUAGGAUGGAAGGAAGGAGGAGGGAGCGAAGGAGGGAGUCUCUAUCCUUUGGUACAAGGGAAAGUUGGAGAGAAGGAAAGGAGGGAAAAAUGAGGCAUGCCUCCUAACCCACCAUUUAUCAUCCUUCCAAAAUUGGACAAAAGAGAGGAAGGAAAAGAAGGAUAAGUACGCUAUAUGAUGUAAAUUGACAUUAUUAUCCAUCAUCAAUAUUUGCAAAAUUAUAUUAUGAGGGUAUAGGUGUGAAAAAAAGUGCAACCCCACUCCUUCCUUCCUUCUUACCAAAAGUGGAAAGUGUCACCUCCUUCGACUCCCUUCCACUCAAAACAAAAACGAAGGACACCUUCUCUUCCCUAGGAUGCUUCACCCCUCAUCCAUCCUUCUUACUUUCCCUUCCACUCACUUUUCCAUUUUUCAUUCCAAAUGAAACUUUAGUUACUGUCCCCUUUCUGUCUCAAGCAGUACUUCUUAAUUGUGUACCCAUCUUAUUAGGAUAAGUAUUUAUUAUUGCUUACAUUAUGUGGUUAUUCAUCAUGUACCUGAGGCUUGAUAGAAGGUUUCAAGAGAAUUGAGACCAUAUAUUUUAAGAAGAAAUUUUAAAUUCUUUGCGAAUUAUAGAAGGUUGUAGAAGGAUGAUCCUCUUUCUUCCCUUAUAUUCAUCCUGGUGAUGUAAGUUUUGAGGAGGAUGAAUAGAGAAGUUUUGAAUGAAGUGUUGUCUCUCUCUCUCUCUCUCUUUUAUUUUUUUUGUUUUUGCAAAUAAUUUUCACAAAUUAUUCGGAUAAGGUUUUAUGGAGCCGAGAAUUGAUUGUUUCCUGGUUCUCUUUUUCUUAGAAGUCUCAUUCAUACAUCUGAAUAUCAUUUUCAAAUUAUGAAUGAUGGUAAAUGUGUUUUUUUCUUGAUUUUCUAGAAUUUCACACCUUAUUUAUAGUUACCUGAAGUGUUCACUUUUAUCUCUGCCAACUAAUGCAACAUUUAUGCUCCGUUUAGUAAGAAGGAAGGAAGAGGAGUGGAGGGAAGAUAGGAAGGAAGAAAAAAAUUUAUUUCGUUUGGUUGAGAGGAUGCAAGGAGGGAAGAGAAAAGAGAAUGGAUGAGUCAUCCUUCUUCUUACACAAAUUUUCAUCCCGCCAAAUAUGGACAGAAGACACGAAGGAAGAAAGGCAAGACUAUUAUAGAAGUUUUUAAAUUACAAAACUAUCCUUAUCAUUAUCACUCUCUCAUUCUCUUCUCUUCCAUCCAACCAAACAAAAAGAGAGUAUGGCACAAUCUCUUCCCUAGGGAUGUCUCAGUCAUCCAUCCUCCUCUCCCUUCCAUCCAAUUUUCUUCCAUCCUACCAAACGGAGCAUUAGGCACAAAAGAAACCAAGGAUAAGAGAUAGUCAAAGUGAGACACCAGGAGACAUGAGAUGUUGUAUAUGUUCUCUAUAAUUACUAUGGCACUAAAUUAUUGAAAACUCAAGGUUUCCAGCUUCUUUAGGAUGCAUCAGAAUGGCAAUUAACUCCACAUUAGUUGCAUUUUCCCAAAGGCCUAGACAAGGCAGUGAUAGUCUGAAAUGAAAGUGCAAAGUAAUCUAUCAUCAAAUUUGACCUUUACCUUUCUUAAACCUUGGCAUUGUAGUGAAAAUAUACAAAGGAACAAUUGAAUCUCCAUGCUUCGGAAGUGAUAGAUAAGAGCUGUCCCUUUGAGCAUUGAACAACUAAAUUAAAAGGUGGCUUUAAAUGUUCAACUGGGUUGCCGUGGAAUUUUAUAAAUGACAGAAAUAUAUUGUCUUGAUUCUCUUGAAAUAAGGAGCCUGAGAUGGUCAGUGGGUGGGUUGCUAGUUUUUGCCAUUUACAUGGAACUAUCCUAUCAAUGAAACUUAGCUUCCAAAAUAUGUAAUGUGCAAUCCUGAAUUUUAAGAAGUCGGUAUCCGAUAUACAAGAUUGAAAAUUAAAGAAAUCAAUUGACAUUGGGACAGGUGCUCAGAUAUGUAGACAUGGGCAAAACAGCUUCCCAGCUUGUAAAUUAAACGUGGUGACAUAGAACUCUAACCUAGUUAAAAUUUGGAGGAACAUUGAAAUGGUGUAAAGCUGCCAAAAUAUUUGGUAAAACUGGGAAGCAAAAAAUCAUGACUAAUAAUUGUCAAGGGAUUCAUUUAGGUUUGGGACAAUGGAUUUUAGGACUCCUGAGCAGACAAUUAUGUUGGUAUUGUAUCAUGAAUAAACUCUGUUGAAGUUGAACUUCUCUUAAGUUUUGGGCUAUGUAAGUUCUGGUCAAAACUUAAGAUUAGAACUUUGUUCUAAUUGAUGCACUAAUUAAGAAAGAUUAACUAAGAAUCAAAGAUAGCCUUUAGAAGCUAUAGUGUAUAUGCCUAAAAAAAUGAAUAAAAAUAGUACAUGAACGAAGUCUGAUAUAGAAUUUUGUGCAUGUGAUUGACCAUGUCAAUGCUGUAUUCAGUCUUUCCAACCAAUGAACCUGUCCCUUCACCAUGAUUCAUUAGUUGGGUUUGAUCCUUUGCAUGUCUAUGU